AAGGAAUUGGUGGGUGAGCCGAGAGGAGAGAAUCGAAAGGGGCGUGUAAGGGCUCUCACCGCCGGGGGCAUCCAACGACCACACAGAGCCACACGUAAAGAGAUUGAGAGGGGGAUUUAUACGCCAACAAGCACAAAUCCUCAAUCUUCGAUUUUGGUUUAUGGCGGCCGCGGGUAGGGCCUUCCUGAUCUCCAAAUUCGACCUCUCACUCAAGCCACUGCAACCAUUACCGCCGCCGCUUCUCUUCUCUCAUCAGCUCAUCGUCCGGCCGGCUCUCCCCGCCGUCGCCGCGAGGAGGCGCUCCUCUGGCGCCGUUCUUGGCUGCCUUGUCUCCGGCGUGGACGGCGGCGGAGUCUCCGAUGACUUUGUCUCCACGAGGAAGUCUGGAUUCGAUCGGGAGUUCUCCGUAAUUGCUUCUAUGCUCAAGAGGAUUGAGCCUCUUGACAAUUCGGUUAUCUCCAAGGGCGUUUCCGAUUCUGCCAAGGACUCCAUGAAGCAGACUAUCUCUACCAUGCUAGGGUUGCUCCCCUCGGAUCAAUUCUCUGUCACGGUCAGGGUUUCGAAGCUUCCUCUGGAUCGCCUGCUCAUGUCUUCCAUAAUCACCGGGUAUACCCUGUGGAAUGCGGAAUAUCGGAUUUCAUUGAUGCGGAAUUUUGAUAUAUCGACGGAUCGUUGGAAAAAGUCAGAUUAUGCGGGCGAAGAGGAAAGUUCGAAAGAGAAGUGCGAGGAGGGUGAAAGUGAGUCCAGUGACGAUAAGGUUGCUGGUUGUGCUGAAGAUUUGGAGAAUUUUAACCUUCAAAGUCUCGGGGAUUUGUCUCCCAAGGCUCUGAAAUAUAUUCAGCAGCUGGAAUCUCAGCUGUCUACUGCUAAGAAACAUAUGUUGUUGCAGGAGCUGGAUGCCAGGAAACAGGAAAACAUGCAAAUGGAAUGCAUUAGAGAAAGUAACAAUGAUUUGUUGAAUUAUUUACGGUCCUUGGAUCCUGAUAUGGUGACUGAACUAUCUCAGCCAUCAUCAUUAGAGGUUGAAGAAAUUAUUCACCAACUCGUUCAAAACAUAUUGAAGAAAUUCUUCAAAGAUGAUUCUAGCACUGAUUUUGUUGGAGAUUCAGCUAUGGACUCACAAAAGGGCGAUGAAGAACCGUGCAAUACCAUAGGGACUUCUAGGGAUUACCUAGCGAAGCUUCUUUUCUGGUGCAUGUUGUUGGGUCAUCACUUGAGAGGCCUGGAGAACAGAUUGCAUCUGAGUUGUGUUGUUGGGUUGUUGUAGGUGAAGAAAGCGGAAAGAAGGAUGUAUAUUCCCUUUUCUUUUUUUUGGGUUAAUUUUCUUGUCAAUUUUUCUGUUCAUAUUCACACCUGUUAUUUUUAUUAAGAAAAGAAACUUUUACA